UGCCACGCGCCUAAUUUUUUCCCACAAAUAGUCUGUUUGGCAAUUUUUUCCCAAUACUGAUGCUCCUCUUCCUCAUCGGGUUCUUGCCUAAUCUGAUCACUGAUGCCUCACGUUUGAACUGGGUUUAUACGUUUUGAGUGGCUGAGCAAUUUCUGAAACUCCCCUUAAAUCCGAAUUGUACAAAUUUUUUGAAUCUGACAUUUACGAAGACAGUGGCUGGCGUGAAGUCUCUGAUUAUCUACAUUUCUUACCUAUCAACCUAAACUUAAUUGAAUUGAAUACAAUUGUAAAGGGAAACACCAUGGAAGAUCGAAUUCUACCUGGGCUUCGUCUCUUCAAAAAAUGCAAUGCCUGUUAUAAAGUUUUGAGGAUAAAGUGGUUGAGCAUAGUAGAGAGUUUUAUGCAUGUGGAGGGUUGUAAUUUAGAGCUUGAUUUUUAAUCACAUUUAUGAGCAUACACAGCUUACUAUUGGCUAAGAACUGCUGAAGGCUUCUUCUAAUGGAGAAAGGAAAUGGAUGUUGCUUCUCCAUUAUGGCUUCAAGUGCUACCAUUAUAAUUUUUCUCAUUGGUAUCACCUUAGUCGUGUGUCGUGUCCUCUAUGCUAUGUAUUGGAGCAGCAAACCUCUUCGCAAAAGAGCUCCACAACCUGUCAGUACCCUCGUUGUUUUAGGUUCAGGGGGUCACACUGCCGAGAUGCUUAAUCUCUUGUCUGUGCUGCAGAAAGACAGGUUUUCUCCCAGAAUCUACAUUGCUGCUGCUACUGACAAUAUGAGUCUCCAAAAAGCUCGUUUGUUUGAGAAUUCCCUUGCUGAUGAGACCGGAGUCAGGGCAGUAAAGACUGCACAAUUCUUGCAGAUAUAUCGAAGUAGGGAGGUUGGUCAAUCAUAUAUAACUUCUGUUUGGACAACUCUACUUGCUAUUGUUCAUGCCCUUCAACUAAUGAUUAAAAUCCGACCCCAAGUGAUUAUAUGCAAUGGGCCUGGCACUUGUAUUCCACUAUGUGCAAUCGCAUUCUUAUUUAAGGUAAUAGGAAUUAGAUGGUCAUCUAUCUUUUAUGUUGAGAGUAUAGCAAGGGUGAAAAGGCUGUCUUUAAGUGGUUUGCUUCUUUAUAAGUUACGAAUAGCUGAUGAGUUUUUUGUGCAAUGGCCACAACUACAGAGAAAAUAUCCCCGAGCUCACUAUGUUGGUUGUCUCAUGUAGUUGAUUGCUUCAUGCUACUACCAUGGUUACAAGUUUUGUAAUGUACUUGCCUAUUUCAAAUUAUUAGGGCUAGUCUUUCUUUC